AUGAAGUUUUACUGUUGUGGAGCUCAGCAGCAGGCAUCGAGCAGCUUGAUGGUCUACCUGAAGAACCUGACAGCUGCUGACUUCCUGCUCUGCCUCUCUCUGCCGCUGCGAAUCACUGAUUAUGCCAGCAGCUCUCCUAUUGUUCAGCAGCUCUACUGCAGCUUUGGGGCUUCUGCCCUGUAUCUCAACAUGUACACCAGCAUCAUAUUUAUGGGGUUCAUCGCUGCCAACAGGUAUCUGAAGAUCGUCCAUCCUUCAGGAACUCACAUCCUGCAGACAGUACAAAUUGCCCACAUUGUCUCCACGGUCACCUGGGUUUUUCUCCUGGCUCCAGCAAUCACCUACAACAUCCUGUUUUUCAUUAACCACAAACCUCUGACCUCUGACCCGAGCUACUGUGAGUCCCUCUUCAGUACUUCAUUCAGCGUCCUUCAUAAAACACUUCAAAUCAGCUGCACCAUCAUCUUCUUGUUGGUGUUCAUAUGCCUGGUCUUCUUCUACUACGGCACCUCCCACAGGGUGUUGCAGGCACAGCAGAGUCAGCUGGCCUCCUCUGGCUCUGAGAAGCUGGUGAAGUCUCGCAGAAACAUGUUGUUGCUGGUCAGCAUCUUCUGUGUUUGUUUUGUUCCCUAUCACGUGGUUCGUAUUCUCUAUAGUUUUCUGUGGAGCACCUGCUCUGUGGGUCCAGUGUUGUACUACCUGAUGGAGGCGGCCACUGUGGUGUCAGUUUUCAACGUCUGUCUGGACCCUCUUGUUUACUUUUUCCUCUGUAAGAGUUUUCGGGCUCAGGUGAAUCGGAGGAUGGUGUCAAUAAGGACAAACAUCCAACAAGCAAACCAGGAGAAUUAG